AUGUACAGAUCCACCAAGGGAGCGUCCAAAGCUCGAAGGGACCAGAUCAACGCGGAGAUCCGGAACCUAAAGGAGCUGCUGCCUAUUUCAGAGAGUGACAAGUCUCGCCUCUCAUACCUGCACAUCAUGUCCCUGGCCUGUAUGUACACCAGGAAAUCGGUCUUUUUUGGUGCAGAAGGAGCUGUGGAAGGAGUGGUGCCCCUGAUCUCCUCCCCAGAGUUGGCCGACUUUGUGCAGUCUCUCCCUGGAUUUCUCAUCGCCCUGAGCAGCGAAGGCAAACUCAUCUACGUCUCGGAGAAUGUCUCUGAGCACCUGGGACACUCACUGGUUGAUCUGGUCUCUCAGGGUGACAGUAUUUAUGAUAUUACCGACUCCGUGGAUCACCUGGUGCUGAGCAGUAAUCUGAUGCUGGCCUCCAAUACCGAGAAUGAGCGCCUGUUCCGCUGUCGCUUUAACACCUCCCGCUCAGUGAGGAGGCACAGUGCUGGUAAUAAGCUGGUGCUGAUCAGGGGCCGCUAUCACCAGCCUCCGCCUGGAACUUACUGGGCUGCCAGACCGGUGUUUAUCGGCUUCUGCACCCCCCUGGACACCAAACCCCGGCACUUCGACAACCAUCUCUUCCUGGCUUCGUUCGAGAGCCAGCACUCCAAGGACAUGGUCUUCAGCCAGGUAUCCGACAGCGUCAGUUACUACCUGGGUUACCAGGAGACUGAGUUGAUUGGCACAUCCUGGUAUAAUCUCCUGCAUCCUCACGAUCUCUCCCAUGCCUCUGCUCAGCACUACCGUUUCUUGAGCGGGGGAAACGAAGUCCGAGUGGAGAUGAUUGUCCGUCUUCAGUCUAAGGAUGCCCAAUGGAUCUGGGUUUACAUUGUCGUUCAGGUGGAGUGUGCGGAAGUGCCCGUUCUGUGCUCCAACUAUACAGUCAGUGAGUCGGAGGCCUGGUGUCUUCGCCAGCAGCUAAUUGACGAGCAGGAGGAGAGCCUGCUGUAUCCCUGCUCUGUGCCUGCUCAGAUACCUCAGCACCAGCCAGUUCAGUCUCCCAGCUACCUGUCCAGCCCUGACACAGUCUUCACCCCGAUGGCCAGCACUCCUACCAGCGGCGUCUCCACCCAGUCCUUCGACUUCAGCGGCAUCUGUGGCCUGGAUUUCGCCGAGGUGUCAGGGCCGACGGGAGGGGAGGAGGACGCCGAGCUAUUCCGCCAGGGGGGGCUUCUCCUGCCUCAGGAGAAGGAGGAGACAGGACAGCGGGGAACACAGAGGACUGGGAAGCUCCCUGAGCUCUCCUAUAGUGACUGCACCUUCGGCGCCGACUCGCCCACCCCACCCUGCACCCCACAGCUGCUGGGCGCCACCUUCACUUUCGGCGGGCAGGAGACCUUCGGCCCCAGCGAGCUGUACUAUCCCCUGGAGCCCUGCGCCUCUCUGUACGAGCGGCUGCCCCCUUCCCCUGACAGCCCAGGCCACGGGGGCUGCACUGUGAUGGGGCUGCCCCAGGUGCCGGCCCCCCUCUACAUCCACGUGCCCAGCACCCCCGAGGGGAUCCUCACUCCCGAAGCCUCACCCAUCAAGCUGCCCGCCAGCUGCUACUUUGGCUACUUGGUGGAGGGCACACCGCGGACCAGCAUCGAUGCCCUGGUCAAGCAACUCGGACAUCAACUGACAGAGAGCCAGUUGGCCGCGGGAGGCGUAGCCCAUCAGCAGCAGGACCCAGCGGUUGGUGAGUCCUGCCAAUCCCUCAGCUCCUCAGUGCCCAGCAGAGAGACCAUCGGGCCAGACCCACAAGCGUCCAAACCGUGGCGGGGCCUAGACUUCUCUGCUAUCAGCCUCAGCCCGGACGAAGAUGUCAUCGAGGACAUUCUGAAAGACCUGAGUGCUUCCUCAGUGCCAGGAGGAGGCGCUGCAGCUGUCAGCCCCCAGCAGCUGCGGCGGGGGAUUAGCCCAUCUCCCACCGCAGUGGGAAACAGCCAAGCUGUAUCGGACUGCACCCCAGACACUGGUUGUACCACAGACCUGUCUGCAGAAGAGCACACCUUCCUUGAAGAGUUGACUUCAUAUGAAAAUGUAUUUGAGACGUUUGCCUCAAGAUCUCCCUGUGACGGGUUUAUUGAUGAGUUGUAUCAACUCCAAAGUCACCCCCACGAAUACUUCCACCAAGGUUAA